AUGCCCAUUUGUGCCCUGCUCGCGCCUUUGAAGGCUCCGAGCGUCUUUCUUGGCUUCGAGCCUUCCACAAAUUGCCGUGGCGGGACGCUGCUUGUCCAAAAGCUUCUGACAAGCAUGCGCAAGCUGGUGCUGACCGGCUUUAUACUGACAGGGGAUGUCGUGGCGUUCGAAAACCGUUCUGCCGCAAUUCGUGAACUGGUGACAUUGAGGAUUUAUCACAAGUGCGGCGGCUAUGGCACGGGCGUGCGAGAGGCGGAAAGCGAACGCCUUCGUACCGAGUGGGGGCCGUACUUUCUGGACGUCGAUGUGCGAUAUGUGGACGACGUCUUGCGGGCCGAUGAUGACUCAGCCUACUUGGCGUUCAUUAUCGACUGGUACGAAGAUUUGCCAGAGUACACCGUGUUCCUCCAUGCUGAUGCGCCGGAGCACAUCCCAUCGUUGGAGCUCUUGACAGACUCCGUUUAUGCUGCCAUCCGUGGUUUUCUACCGAGUGGUAUUGGCUUCGUUCACUUCGCCCACAACUAUGUAUUACUGGACUGGGGCUGCGACCAGCGCAAAGAUUGCGAAGGUCGACAGCUUGAGCCGGAGUUCUCGACCCUGUGGAAGCGUGUUUUCGGCGCUUCUGUCGCGCCAAGCCUGGCGGCCGGGCAUGUGAACGCCUACUGCUGCGUGCAGUUCAUGGUGCAUCGCAGCCGCAUCCGUUUGAGGCCGAAGUCUUUCUACGAGCACGGCUUGGCAUACUUUGGGACCACGGCCGAAUCCUACCACCGGCUCUUCCCCGUGGGGCGUGUGGUCCGGAAGGCUGAUGUGUUCGGCCGCACUCCUGGACAGCUCGCUAUGUACAUUUGGCACGCCAUGUUCGGCGAAGCCCUGAAGCUGCCCCGACGGCAGCAGGCAUGGGUUUAG